AUGCGUAGAAGAGAGGAUGAUGACAGCAGCAGCUCUCAGCGGUCUCCGGGCAUUUGCCGGCGGCUGCUUAGAUUUGUGGUGGCAAAACUAGGGAUCUUCUUGGGAGAGAAGGAGAUGAAUGAAGAUAAACGUGAGAGGAACAAACUGAUCAAGAAGGGAUCAAGGUCUGAUAUCACCAUUCAUUUUAAGCAAAUAGAAGACUCGGAGGAUAACAAGAACAACUCCCCAGGCUCUUCAAGCCAAGAAUCAGGGAGAGAGAGAGUGAUCACAGUGGCUAAUGGUAGUAACGGCCCAAAGAAGAGGUUACAUGACAAGGGGAAGAAGAGCAUGCAGAGUGAGCCGAGCCCUAAGCAACAAACAAGUCAGCCUGAAGCAGGGAAACCACCGCAGCCUCAUAGAGGUCUAAGGCCCCUUCUAAAUGACAUAAAUAAGAAAUCAGAUGCUUUUAUCGAGAGCACACUCGAGAAGAUGAGAAAAAGCUUAGCAUAG